GUUUCGCUUUUUAAGCGCAAAGUCAACACCUGUCAGCAACAGUCACUGUCACGCCAAGUCAGGAAACCUCGAUCAAAAGUUUUUCAUUUUCUCAAGCAGCGGAAGACCCACUGGGCUGUCAAAAAGGAUACGAAAAGGCUUAUCGGAACUUUAUCGCACAUUCUUGUAUUCAAGUCGGAAAUAUUUCAACUCGGACCCUGUACACACAUCUCCUUAGCCAAAAAUGGCUAGUUAGCUAUCGCUUAUCCACAACGAUGAGGUGAUCACUGUGAUCGUUUACGCGUUAAUUGCACUUUACAAGUUUUUUUAAUCGUGAAUCAUACAGAUAUAACCUGGAGUGCUGUCAUGGAGCCGGGACGACGUAGAGGUCUGAGCAGCGUUCUGUCUUCUCUCUCGCUUCUGUGCGUCGUCCUGGACUUACAAUUGGAUGGUGUGUUGGGUGCGACCCCUGUCGAAAUUGAACAGCACCUGGAAAUGGGGCGGAAACUGCUUGCAGCUGGCCAGUUAGCCGAGGCCCUCUCUCACUAUCACUCCGCAGUGGAGGGUGACUCCAAAAACUACCUGACCUACUACAAGCGAGCGGCCGUGUACCUGGCCAUGGGCAAAUCCAAAUCUGCCCUCCCCGACUUGACCAGAGCCAUCGAGCUCAAACCAGACUUCCUGGCUGCCAGACUGCAAAGGGGCAAUAUUCUGCUGAAACAGGGAAACAUUCAGGAGGCUAGGGAAGACUUUCAGGCAGUGUUGGACCGCUCCCCUCAGCAGGAGGAAGCACGAAAACAGCUCCACAAGACAGAGGAGCUGGAGAUGCUCCAGGAGGAGGCGCAUCAUGCAUAUCAUACCGGCGACUAUGCCGCCACUGUACAUGUUUUGGAGCAUGUGAUAGAGCUUUCUCCAUGGGACCCAGAUUCCCGGGAGCUGCGGGCGGAAUGCUAUAUCCGGAUGGGCGAACCACGGAAAGCCAUUUCAGACCUGGCUCCAGCUGCUCAUCUCCGCACAGAUAACCGAGCAGCUUUCCUGAAACUCAGUCACCUGCACUAUAACCUGGGAGAGCACCAGAACUCACUUAGUCAGAUCCGCGAGUGCCUGAAGCUGGAUCAGGACGAUAAGGAAUGUUUUGCCCAUUACAAACAGGUGAAGAAACUCAGUAAGCAGCUGGAUUCGGCCGAAGAGCUAAUCGAGGAGCAGAGGUAUCAGGAGGCGAUGGAAAAGUACGAGUCGGCGAUGAAGACAGAGCCGAACGUGCCUUUCUACACCAGCAAAGCCAAGGAGAGGAUCUGCUAUUGUCUGGUCAAGAGUAACCGCGCAGAGGAGGCAGUGGAUGUGUGUUCGGAAGCCCUCAAGAGAGACCCCCAAAAUAUCAACAUCCUUAGGGACAGAGCAGAGGCCUACAUCCUUUUACAGGAUUAUGAGAAAGCGGUGGAGGACUAUCAGGAGGCUCGCGAGUUUGACCAAGAAAACCAGGAAAUUCACGAAGGUCUGGACUGUGCACAGAAACUGCUCAAGCAGUCACGCAAACGGGACUACUACAAGAUCCUGGGAGUAAGCAGGAGUGCCAACAAACAGGAAAUCAUUAAAGCGUACAGAAAGCUGGCACAGCAGUGGCAUCCAGACAACUUCCAAUCUCAGGAAGACAAGAAAGAGGCAGAGAAAAAGUUCAUUGACAUUGCCUCUGCCAAAGAGGUUCUUACAGAUCCAGAGAUGCGUCAGAAGUUUGAUUCAGGUGAAGAUCCAUUGGAUCCAGAGACACAGCAGGGAGGUGGGGGCGGCGGGGGACACGGUUGGCCGUUCGGUGGAUUCAACCCGUUUGAGUCUGGCGGACACUUCCACUUCAAAUUUCACUACAACUAAUGUGGUCAAGGUGAGAGACGCCGACUGGUGACCGCAAAGGACAACAGGAAACGAAAUGGAUCAGGAAAAACCCAUGAAGGAAACCGUGGCCGAAAUAACAUGUAAUUCAGAUUGGAGCUUUUUUUUUUCUGGGGGGUGGAGCUUUGUUAAAGGGGAUACUCUGAACUCUGAUACUUGACUCUACAGGCUGUCGUGGACCUCGCUGGGAAUGAAAUUAAAAUAUGAUCUGAACUGGUGAGAGUGCCGGUGUCUGCUGUAACCUGACAAAACAAGGAAAACAAACACGCGGUCAGCAACUCAAGAAGGAAAUACGGCCAAACCUCUUUGCAACUCGACCCUUUUUCUCUCUGCAGUAGUGCUUUUUGUUUUGUCUUACUUCUUACAUCGGUGCCAUUUUAUUUUGUCUUCAAGUCUUUUGAAAAUUGCUUUGCUUUUUCUUCUAGGUUUAAGAUAAGAGCCCUGUAAAGAAACAAGGGCUACAUUUUAAAAUUAUCUGAUAUUAAAUGUUCAGACAAAGAGAAUACCGUUUUUUUUGCAUAAUUACAGUCUUAACACUCCAAGCCAAGGGUAUCGAUAUAUCUCGAUAUUUGUUGCACAUAGAUCUUUCUGUUCACUGUUAUUGCUGUUGGUUGCCUUGAGAGAGUUGUCUGAACUGAGGGUUUUUUUUGCGGGUGUUUUUGAUUGUAGUUUUUUGUUUUCUUCUUUUGUUAAUUUGAAUACCUUUUCUGGCACUUUUUUUCCCUCUGUCUCGUUUCUUGAACAACAACCACUCCCAACUAAUUCAGUCAUGUUGUUACUGACAAAAAAAAAAAAAAAAAACCUUCUGCUAAGUCAGAGCUAAUGUGAGCAUACCACAUAUGAUGAAGAUCUUCAGUGAUAAACAUUUUGGGUUUAAUUAAUUUCUGGUAGUCGGUUAUCUGAAGUUACGAUACACCACAGACUUUUAAAGUAUGGCUAUGGUAAAAAAAAAAAAAAAAGGCGCAGUUUUAUACGUUCCCAACCCAAACUGAUGUACCAGUCUCAAUGAUGCAACCAGUGUCUCUACAGAGACAGACAAAUUAUUCAUCAAAGUGACAUGUUAAAUAAAACAGUAAAUAAUAUUUCAAAACUUAGCAAGCUGUUAUGCUUGUGUUUCACAAUUCUCAUUGAUAAGGUUGGGGAUUUGAUAAAAAACAGUAUAAACAUAAUUCCAAACACUUGUUUUGUUCUCCUUUAACAGUUCAUUUGGCUGUUCGAGCCAAAGAAAAGACAGUUGGAUUGGAAGAUAUCUGAGAAUGAGAAAAUAAUUCAGUGAUCAUAUUUUAGAGUUUAUUCUGUAAGCAGUAACCAUACUUAAAAGCAUUGUGGGGUUUUGGGGGGAUGGGGGUGUUAAAUUUUUAUCAGUAGGCUGUUACUGGUGGGUUUUUUUUUUCGUUUUCUUUGAUGAGCUGUGGUGUAAAGACACCAGUCUUCCUAGCUUUUCUGAAUGAGUUUUGUGUGGGGUUUUUUUCUUCUGUUUUUUGUUUGUUUGUUUGUGUGCUCUUUUUUCAGCCAAACUGGGUCAUCUGAAAAUGUUCCAAAAACAGACUGUACUUUAAA